UCUCAUUGGGAAACACAAAACUCUCGUCCCCCAAAGCAUGAAAAUGACAUAGCUCUUCCCUAUUUAAAUCCAUCAACCCCAACCCAAUUUCCAUCAACUCUAAGUGCUUUCAACAUCAUUAACCAAGCAAAGUUGACAGAAAACCAACCAUGAAGAACCUAUUGUUUUCCAUGCUCCUACUCUCAUUCCUCUUCUUCCUUGCCAACCAAGGGGAGGCAGCUGUUCCAUGUAAUACUGUGGAUGCCAAGGCAGCUGCAUGCGUUGGCUUUGCAACUGGCAAGGCUACAAAGCCCUCCGCUGAAUGCUGCACUGGGCUGCAGCAGCUUGCUCAAACUGUGAAAUCCGUUGAUGAUAAGAAGGCCAUCUGCAGAUGCUUGAAGGCUGCCGCCAAGUCACUGGGAAUUCAGGACAAGUUCUUGAGCAAGAUUCCUCAAGCUUGCAACAUCAACGUUGGUUUCCCUGUCUCCAUCAACACCAAUUGCGAGACGAUUCACUAAGGUUGUGAUGGAUUAGUCGGGACAAUGCUCCUUGAAGAACGCCCUUAGACAGUUCGUAGCUGGUUAGAGUUUGACUAUUGGCUCAAAUAAAACGGUUAAAAUUGUUAAGACAAAGGUUCUGUCGGUCUUUACAGACCCAGACUUUGACUUAACCAUGUAUCCACAAGUUGGUUACUUGGUUUAAGUGGAAUCAGAAUCAUUUCACUUCUUGCAUUUUGCCA